ACAGCGUUAAUUUGGUCAUUUGCAAAGACCAAUUAAAUCAAGCAAAGAAAAAGAUUCCGUUAGCAAGUUCUUUGCUUUUUGUUUUGGACCCACCCUCUGCUUAUCCCUUCGUUUAUCUGUUCCAACGCUUCAUCGCAGGUUUUUUUCCAAGAAACCUCAUUCCCAAAUCAAUGAUUAUAAGUUUCUGAUACUGAUUCGAAUCAAACAGCAGCAUAAAAUUUCGCAAUCCCAGGUUUUAUUAUUGGUGGGUGACUGAAACCAGGCGUCCAAAUGGGUUUCAAGAAUUUUUUAGUCUUCUUUCUGCUGCUCUCUGUUCAGUUUCAUCCUCUUCUAGCACUUUCUCAAACUUCCUUGCCAGAUCCCUUCAUGACUGCAGACUCCAAUCAGGAACAAGAUGUCACUGAAUACAAAAGUGUUCCAAAGAGAUUGACAAUGUUAGUUAAGCUGGGAGACAACCAAAAUAUCACAGUAGUAAACAAGCGUGGGGGCGCGGCAGGUGGUCAUGGAGGUGGCCAUGGAGCAGGACGUGGCAGUGUAGGCGGGGCUCGAGGCAGCGGUGGAGGGAAAAAAUCACCCUACACGCAAGGUGGAGUUGUAAUUCCCCUGUAUGCCGCAGGGGCCACGAAUCAUCCCCGUGUUUCUAACUCACACGGUUCCAAUGGUGGCACCCUCAGUUACGUUCCCUUAGAUUACCUGAUUUUGGCCUUUUUCGCCUCUUUCUUUUUGGUAUUGUUUUAAUUUAAGGUUUGUAAACAUCCACUUUAUGUUUAAGAUAAUGUUUUUUUGUAAAUUUUGGAAAUAAGUUAGAUUAAGUCAUUUUUUAUAACUAAUUUCAUUUUUCAAUUUAAGACUUUUGGACU